AUGUCUUCACCAUGGACUUCCAGCAUUGACCCAGGGGGUAGGACCACGAGUAGGGGGUGGCUUCCUCAUAGGCAGCUGGCCCUGGAAACCACCAACACCAACAAGGACCCCUACUUUAUAAAAAAACACCUGGGAUCACACAAAUGCAAGCUCUGCCUGACACUUCACAACAAGGAGAGCAGCUAUCUCGCACACACCCAAAGGCAAAAGCUUCAGACCAACUUGGCAAAGGAGGUCCCCACCCAGCCAAUGCCUGAGGUCAAGGCACAGGUGAAGAAGUUUGUGAAGGUCGGCUCCCCAGGGUACAAAGUGACCAUGCAGAGGGACACAGAGAUGGGCCAACAGAACCUCCUCUUCCAUAUUGACUACCCUGAGAUUGUCGAGGACUGCAUGCCCUGCCAUGGCUUCACGUCGGCCUAUGAGCAGAGGACUGAGGCCCCGGACCAGUGCCGGGAGUACCAGCUGAUGGCUGCCAAGCCCUCGACCAUCGCUUUCUAGGUGCUGAGCAGAGAGGUCGCCAAGGCUGAGAAGUUUUGGAUUCACUGGAACAGAGACAUCAAGUUUUUCCUGCAGUUCCACUUUAAGAUGGAGAAGCCUCUGGCCCCACCAAGCCUCCCUGUGGGGCCUCCCAAGGUUGUGGGGCCUCCCAAGGUUAAUUGCCCCCACCUGCACCAAUGGUCCUCCCCCAACUCACACCCUGCUCUGGGAGUCCACCCUCCCCCAGUGGCUGGUGUUCACCCACAGGCGCCUGGAGUGCACCCACCGGAACCUGCAGUUCAUCUCCAGGCAUCCCGGGUCCACCCACCUGCCCCUGGGAUCCUCCCCCAGGCACCAGGUCCUGGAGUUCAUCCUGCAGCUGCUAGGGUCCACCUCCAAGGCCCUGGUGUUCACCAUUCAAAUCCUGGGGUACACCCUCCUACUCCCAUGUCCCUGAUGCUGAGGCCCUCACUUCCCUUGGAAGGCCUGGGGAACAUUCCUCCCCUUCCACCAGCCAACUGA